AUGACUUGGGACAACUAUCGAAAGGGGAGAAGGAAAAAGGAAAAACCGAACGUCUCUUCCCAAAUUAAUCGAAAAAAUAACGAUGAAAAUAAGACAAGGAGGAAGAAGAAGGAGAAGAUUGUCGAAAAACAUAAUAUUGAAGAUGAAGUAGCAACAAAGAUAGAGGAGCAACCACAUACACAAAAUUCCGUGCAAGCAGUAUCAGAUAAUAAUCACAAUUUCACUAGUUCUUCUAGCAAUCAAAAUGGCACAAGUAGUGCAACCUCUACUAGUGAAAUCCUUUCUUCAUCUCAAAAUAUUGAAGAUCAAAACCAAGAUGAAAUUUUUGAGAAACUUCAAGUGAUAGAUGAAUUACUCCUCAAUGAUAAUUUCCUUUUUCCACCUGAAAAAUGCAUAGAGUUCAAUAAUAAUGAAAAUAAUAUGUUAUUUGAGGAGGUCUAUGAAGAGUAUUUUCAACUUGUUUAUGAAAAUUCAUGUCAUUUUUGA